AUGGUCAACAUAGCAGUUGCUGGAGGCACCGGAGGUGUUGGUCGCACCAUCAUCGAUGCCCUCAAGGACAACCCGAAACACAAGGCCAUCAUCUUAUCGCGUACCGUCUCCGAUGGUGUUGACCUUGGCGCGCCCGUCAUCGGUGUUGAUUAUGACGAUGUCGACGCGCUUCAAGCUGUCCUAGAAAAGCAUGAGAUUAACGCCAUUAUCUCGGCACUGGCUCUCCAUAUUAUUGGCGUGGGCCAGGCCCAGAUUAAUCUCAUCAAGGCCGCCGACAAGAGCGAGCCCACCAAGCGAUUCGUUACAAGCACUUGGGCAGUUCGACCUGAGCUCAAGUGGUUCGAUCUUCUUCCCCACGGCUUCCAGCACGUGGCGUCGUACACGGAACUAGACAAGACCCAGCUGGAAUGGACAGCCUUCAAUGUUGGGUGGUUCCUCGAGUACUAUGCUAUGCCGAACGUCGAAACAUACAUCCCACAGACCACGUUCGUCGUCGACAUGGCUAAUAGGCAUGCCUCGAUCCCCGGUGACGGCAAGCAGAAAAUGUCAUUCACCUACACCAAAGACGUGGCCAAGUUUGUGGUUGCGGCGCUCGACCUCCCCAAGUGGGAACGAAACACCUAUGCAAUUGGUGAAAAGUACACGUGGGAGGAAUUUGUCAAGAUUGCUGGGGAAGCUCGAGGGGGAGAGAAGUUCACUGUCACCUAUGACAGCGUGGAGAAGCUUAAGGCCGGCAGCAUCACUGAACUUCCAGGCCAGGUUGCCGCAUACUCGUAUUUCCCCAAAGAAUGGACGCAGAAACUCUUCUCAGCCUUUGGAAUCUGGGUGACCGAGAGCAUCUUUGACUUUCCCGAUGAAAAGUUACUGAACAAGCAGUUCCCUGACAUCAAGGUCACCACUGUCCAGGAAAUGCUUCAGAGUGCGUGGAAGGGCCAAUAA